AUGUUCCGCCUUUUGACCUCCUGCUGGUCUCAACCAAAGACCACAGAAGAAAAACAAAGGAAAGUGACUGUCAUUGUCAUUGGCUUGGACAACUCAGGCAAAAGUCAUCUUGUGGCAGCCUUUCAAAGAUUAAUUCCCAGCAAGAUCCACAGUAAUAUGAAACCAACACUGACUACACUUCUAUUAGAUGAUUAUCAAGUAUCUGUCUAUGACCUGACUGGAGACCUAAAAGGCCAAGAAAAAUGGCCAAGCUACUAUGCUGAGGCACACGGGCUUGUCUUUGUUGUGGAUUCCAGCGACAUAGAAUGUAUAUGGGAAGUGAAGAUCAUCUUAACACGCCUGAUGUUUGAUAAAAGAGUAUCAGGGAAACCCAUCUUAAUCCUGGCAAACAAACAAGACAAAAAGGACGCCCUCUCGCCUCGUGAUAUCAUUGAAUAUCUACUUCUGGAAAGGCUAGUGAAUGAAACUAAUUCCACAUGCUGAGUGGAGCCAUGUUCAACCAAAAGACAUUUCCCAAAGAGACACCAUCAGUCAAUAAUUAUAGGGCUGUGUUGGCUAUUGGCUGCUAUUGGUAAUCAGUAUCAAGAACUGUAUACACACCAACAAGCACCAACUAUGAGCAUCUCAACCUACAAGCACAUCCGCGGCUGUGGGGAAAGAUGCUCAUUAGACAGCUUAGCUACCAGACAGGGAAUGUUCAAAGACAACAACAGACAGCAUUUUGAGAAAAGACAAUAUUUGGAACACGGACAACAUGUUGAGCAAAGACACUUUGAGAAAAGAAAGCAUUUUGAGUCAAGGCAGCAUUUAAUACAACAUUCCUUGGAUGCUAGGCCCCUAAAGCCAAUCCUUCAGAAAGACGGUCUGCGAAUAAGGCCCAAAAAGAAUAUGUCAGUAACAUUUGCUCUAGAUGUAAUCAUGGAGGAAGGUGAAUGUUCUCAAAAGAAUGGAGCACACAAUACCACUAAGUCUUAUAACAAUCAGAGUUAUGACACAUAAGCUCCAGAUCCAUUUGAUGACAAUCUUUUCAAAGCCCAUAGGCCAAAGAAGAGAAUGGACACCCGGCACACAGAAGAAAUGCUAUUGGAAGAUCGUGGUAAAGCCUUCCAUUCCUGUGGUUAG